AUGUCUUGUCGCUCCUACAGAGUUCGCUCUGGCCACCGGGUGGGCAACUUCAGCUCUUACUCAGCGAUGACCCCCCAGAACCUGAACCACUUCCGGACGAGCUCUGUCUCCUGCAGCAGUGGGUCUGGCUUCCGGGGCCUUGGCAGCUUUGGUAGUCGAAGCGUUAUCAGCUUUGGAUCGUGCUCACCUAGAAUGGCAGCUGUAGGGCCUCGUCCCAUUCGCUGUGGAGCCGGUUUUGGAGCUGGCAGUGGGAUGGCCUUUGGCUUUGGGGAUGGACAUGGUAUUGGUCUGGGCAUUAGAGCCAGCAAUAAUGUGGGUCUGGGGUUUGGAGCUGGCAGUGGCCUUGGCUAUGGUUUCGGUGGCCCUGGCUUUGGCUACAGACUUGGAGGAGUUGGAGGCCCAGCGGCUCCAUCUAUCACAGCUGUGACUGUGAACCAGAGUCUGCUGACACCUCUCAACCUGGAGAUUGAUCCGAAUGUCCAGAGGGUGAAGAAGGAUGAGAAGGAGCAAAUCAAGACCCUCAACAACAAGUUUGCCUCCUUCAUCGACAAGGUGCGGUUCCUGGAGCAACAGAACAAGCUCUUAGAGACCAAGUGGAGCUUCCUCCAAGAGCAAAAAUGUGCCCGGAGCAACCUGGAUCCUCUCUUUGAGAACUACAUCACCUCACUCCGGAGGCAGCUGGAAGCACUAGUCAGUGACCAGGCACGGCUGCAGGCAGAGAGGAACCACAUGCAGGAUGUCCUGGAGGGCUUCAAGAAGAAGUAUGAAGAGGAGGUAGGAUGCCGAGCCAGUGCUGAGAACGAGUUUGUGGCCCUGAAGAAGGACGUGGAUACUGCUUUCGUGAAUAAAUCUAAUCUAGAAGCCAACGCAGAUACUCUCAGUCAGGAAAUCGAGUUCCUGAAGGUCCUGUACUUGGAGGAAAUCCAGCUGCUCCAGUCACACAUCUCAGAAACCUCAGUCAUUGUGAAGAUGGACAACAGCCGGGACUUGAACCUAGAUGGGAUCAUUGCUGAUGUCAAGGCCCAAUAUGAGGAGGUGGCCAGGCGUAGCCGUGCUGAUGCUGAGACCUGGUACCAGACCAAGUAUGAGGAGAUGCGGGUGACGGCCGGUCAGCACUGUGACAACCUCCGCCACACACGGGACGAGAUCAACGAACUGACCCGGCUGAUCCAGAGACUGAAGGCAGAGUUGGAGCACACCAAGGCUCAGUGUGCCAAGCUGGAAGCAGCAGUAGCUGAGGCAGAGCAGCAGGGUGAAGCAGCCCUCAAUGAUGCCAAGUGCAAGCUGGCAAAUCUGGAGGGCGCCCUGCAGCAGGCCAAGCAGGACAUGGCAAGGCAGCUGCGGGAGUACCAGGAGCUCAUGAACGCCAAGCUGGGCCUAGACAUCGAGAUCGCCACCUACCGGCAGCUUCUGGAAGGGGAGGAGAUCCGGAUCUGUGAAGGUGUUGGACCAGUAAAUAUAUCUGUGAGCAGCUCCCGGGGUGGCAUGGUGUGUGGCCCUGAGCCCUUCGCCAGCUCCACCUUCUCCUGUGGAGGAAGCAGCAGCAGCAUCCGGGCCACUGGAGGGGUCCUUACUUCCUGUGGCUCCAGCCUAGGCGGGGGCCGGAGCACUCUGGCUAGUGGGGAGCUGCUAAGUGCAGGCAGCAGAGGGGGCUCGGUGCUGGUGGGUGAUGCCUGCAUCCCCAGUGUCCCCUGCCCGCUGCCCACGGAAGGUGGCUUCAGCAGCUGUAGUGGUGGCCGGGGCAAUCGUAGCUCCAGUGUCCGCUUCUCAUCUACUACCACCUCUCGCCGGGCCAGAUACUGA